CAAGCAAACCAGGUCCUCGCUCGGUUUGGUUUGCUUACCACUCCGUCCUAGCAGCACGGUCCUCGAUUCUUCCGAUCGCUCCGGCAGGGCACACACCGAAGAAGGUGGUUAGCGGCCUAGCGCCGCCGAAGAAAGUAUGGCAGCAGCCACCACGCCUGAGGAGAACGCCGCCGCCGCGGCCGCCGUGGACGCCAUCACUGAGACGACCAAUCGCUUCACCGUCAACACGGACGCCGCCGGUGCCGGUCCUCUCAAGCUCGACGACGUGGACGGCAACGUCUACAGCUGCAAGCGCUGCGGCACACUCCUCGCCGUCGCCGACGACAUCGUCUCCAAGAGCUUCCAUUGCAAGAACGGGAAGGCUUACCUCUUCGAUAAUGUUGUCAAUGUAACCGUUGGAGAGAAAGAAGACCGCAUGACGAUCACAGGGAUGUAUUCCGUUUCUGAUAUUUUUUGUGUUGGCUGCGGAGAGAUUGUUGGAUGGAAAUACGAGGCUGCACAUGAGAGGAGCCAGAAAUACAAGGAAGGAAAAUUUGUUCUCGAGAGGUACCAGUUGCUUGGAGCAGAAUGAAGACUUGACCGCCGAGUGCUAUACACGGUGCUCGGUGGCUGGCUGGAAGAGAGACUAGUGAUGCAUACUGCAUAUAACUUUCUUACCGUGUGGAUAUAUGAAUUUUAAUACGAUUCGACAAGCUUAAACUCGUCUGUGGACCCUGUAAUAACCGAUCCCUCCUGCCAUGUUCUUGAGGCCGGGUGCUGUGACUUCAUAUAUACAUUAAUUAUGUAUGUAUAGACAUGGAUGUUUGUUG